UGUAGUGCUUUAAAGAUGAACUUGUGGAUACUCCUGACUUUCACUGCAGUAGCUGAAUGCGGAUACCAAAAAAGAGGCGCCCACUCGUGCCCAGAUCUGUGCUCCUGUUCCUUUCCACCUUCAGGUGCAGAGGUGGUGUGCAGCCAAAGGUCCCUCACACAUUUCCCUGUAAAUGGUUUACCCUCCAACACCACUCGACUAUCCAUCCAAUCCACCAACCUCAGCUGUAUUACAGCCAGUCAUUUGAGUGCUGUGCCCCUUUUAAACAACCUCCAGCUGUAUCACAACAACCUGACAAGUCUUCCUUCAGAUCUACUGAAGGAUGUUCCUCACUUGAACACCUUUGAUCUGACGGGUAAUCAGCUGGUUCAUCUUCCUCCAAAUGUCUUCAGCCACCCCUCACUUCAUAGUCUUGUGCUGAAGAAUAAUCUUAUUGAAAAGGCUUAUGCUGAGUGGUUUCCUGACAACAGUACCCUGACCUGGCUGGACUUGUCUGGAAACCUUUUAACAGGUGUGUCCGCUGCUCUGCUUAAGAAGCUACCCAAUCUGGAGAAUCUAGACUUGAGUGACAACAAUCUGCAGGACCUAGAACCUGACGCCCUGAAGAACCUGCACCACCUGGAGUCACUGAAUCUUGCGGGGAACAAGUUAAGCUCCCUAAAACCUACAAUUUUCAGCCACAACCUGAAACUAUCCCAACUGUUUUUUCAGGAGAAUCAGCUUCAAGAGCUACCAGCGACCCUCCUACAGGGUCUCCCAAAUCUUGAACUUCUACUGCUCAAUCAGAAUCAGCUGCAGCAGUUCCCGUCAGGGCUGCUGGAUGGGAGGAAAUCCUCUUUCCGCAUAAUCUUAACAGGAAACCCUUGGGUGUGCGAUGAGAAGAUGGAGUACCUGUGGAAGUGGCUCUCUGUCCAUCCUCAAAAUGCCGGCUUUUUGGAGGAAGUGACUUGUGCAGGGCCUGAAGCUCUUAAGCAUCGAAAAGUGGCUUCUUUAACUGAAAGUGAGCUUGGACUUCACGAGAUUCAAAAAGAGUGAUGAGGAGAUAGAUAUUUUGCCAGUACCCUGUAUAUUCCGCAAAAAGUUUAUGCCAAAUUAUAAAUCAUUCACAUAUAUUCCUAUGUAUCAAAGGCUGAAAUAAAACGUAAUUCUUUUAUCCAGCA